CCAUGCAUCUUCCCUCGAAUUUCCCGAACCAGCGACGUCAAAAGGCAAAUUUCUUGGCGGGGUCCUUCCACGUGAUAUCGAUUUCUUCUGCGCUGCGUUCCUGACGUCUCUGGGAAGUAUCCUCUUCACAACCACAUCACGCAAGAUGUCAGACCAGUCAAGACAGAGAGCGACAGUAUUUGUCGGCGGUCUCGACAGCAACGUCAACGAGCAGACUCUCCACGACGCCUUCCUUCCAUUCGGCGAGAUUGUGGACGUAUCGCUACCCAAGCCUGAGUUAAAGUCCUCGACCGACAGACACCGCGGCUUCGGAUACGUGGAGUUCUCUCUCGCGGAAGACGCGCGGGAAGCGAUCGACAACAUGGAUCAAUCGGAGCUGUAUGGCCGGGUGAUCAAAUGCAACCAGGCCAAGCCGCAAAAGGAUCCCAAUGAAAGGCUGGGAAGCAAGACCGCCAUCUGGGAGCAGGAGGGCUAUGCUGCCAAAUACAAUGUCAACGAGGACGAGCAACUGGCAGGCGAGGACGGAGCGGAGGGCGCUGCACAGGAUCCGAUGCAAGGAUUGGAAGGCCUGGACGUAGCUGGGCCACAGUUGAAGUGAUUACUGAACGACUGCCGAGCUACUUCUCAUGGAUCCGAGGCCGCCGGCCGUGUUCGUGGCAGCUUGAACGGCACAAGCUAUCACGCCAAACAAGGGGGUUCGAGAACACGCAUUUCUACCUAUGCCACACGUGUAUGGAGGGCGGGGAUGCUCCGGCCAAGCUGUCUACGAACUUGUAGAUGGGGCAUACCGCCAUCGCCUGCUUAUCUGGUCGCAGGUUGCGAUCAGCACCGGUGCUAUAACCGGACACAUCUACACCGCCCUCCUUGAAAGCACACCAUACGACAUGGUCGUCUCACCGCCAAGAAGAGUGCGGUGAAGGCAAAGCAGUCGACAAGAGGCACUUUAUCAAGACACGGACCUGAGUCGACUCAGGAGACGAAAUGCACCACAGGAUUCGAUGUAA